AUGUCGCAGAACAUUUUACUUGACUCGAGCAUCCGUGACUGGGUGCUUUUCCCCCUCAUCGCCAUCGUCAUUUUCGUUGGCAUGUUGCGCCACUACGCUGGUCUCCUCAUGAAGUCGCCCCAAAAGCCUAAGAUGGAUAAGGUGUGCUGCAUUAAUGUAGCGAACUAUGGCAAGCUGCUUCUGGGAGAGGGCAAAAACCUCUCACCGGAGGCAUUUCGCCGGCGCGCGGAGGCAAUGCGGCAAGGUCCACUACAGAAAAAAGUUGGGACGGACGCUAUGGAGAUGAUGAAUGAUCCAAAUAUGAUGGGGGAAAUGAUGAAGAACAACAUCCUCAUGAUGGUGCCCAACAUGGGCAUGAUGGUGUUGGUUUCUUACUUCUUUUCUGGGUUUGUGGUGGCCAAAUUCCCAUUUGGACUUGCCUCACGGUUUCGUGGCAUGAUGCAGAACGGCGUAGAGAUCAGCGAUCUUGAUUGCAAUUACGUGACAUCUCUCAGCAUGUAUUUUCUGAUUAUGUUUGGUUCUAAUGGCAUUCUUCAAUUGUUGCUAGGCGCGGAUGCCAACGGCGGCGAUCAGGCACUGAUUAUGUCCCAAAUUGGUGGCGGCAACCCACAACAACCAGUGGAUUACGGGAAGGUUUUCAAGUCACUCGCGGAGGAGCUUGAAUUUGUUCAGGACGGGCAUAAAUGGGUGUACAAGAAUGCCCCACAGUUACUCCUACAGGGAAAGUAA